AAUACAUAUUAAAAACAUCUGAUUAAAAAUCAUCAAAGUUUCAAACAUCGCGUUUUUCGGCUACGCUAAUCUUAAUGUCCGCAUUAUUUAUCGAGUUUUUCGCGAGCAUAAACCUGAAAAUGCGUUCGAUUUUAUCGUGAGAAAAAGUGACACUUUACCCGUCUCGGUUCAGUUUCUGCUGGAAAUCAAUAGAACCUAAUGUGUUGCAGGAAAUCGUUUCGUGCCUGAAAAAUCCGCAAAAACUCGGCUAUUUCGAUGCCUAAGCAAUUACGCGAUGAACACAACAAGGAAGACGAACCGAGCGAUGGCAACAAACCACUCAAAAAGGCCAGGUACGUGUGGGAAGUCAAAGGAAAACACCACUUGAAGGAAACCUACAAAACCACUCAAAUCAACAACAACAACAACAAUAACGAAGUGGAUUUCACGCUAAACAACAACCGGAACAAAGCGAGCAAAGAAAGCGCCAAGUCGGGCGAACGAAGCGAAGAACCCCCACACACAAAGUGCUGCAACAGCUGCUGCAUCCAGAAGAUCCUCGAAGAGGCCGACGGGCUGGAGGCGGACGCGCCGCCCGACCGAGUCCCCCUCACGCUGGUGGAGCCGAGCCCCAAGAACGAGGAGUACUACCUGCGGAAGUGGCAGGCCCGCCAGAUAGCCCGAGGCUACGUGGACAACACGAUAAACUGCGUGCUGGACACGCUCUCCAGCCGCCCCACCGACGCCGACGACAUGGUGGACAACUACGAGAACGACGGGCGCGUCGAGGACGACGCCAUUCUGAUGGCCAUCCAGUCGCACGGGCUGCAGUCGAGCGCUCGGUUGGAGGAGCCGUUCGGCUCGAACAGCCGCGAGGAGGGCAAGCCGUCGACGCGCGGCAACUUGGAGAAUUUCGAGAACGAGAGGAAAGAGCGGGAGAUUACCAACGGGGAGCGUUCGGAGGUGGAGACUAUGGACUUUCUGAGCGCCGCUGUGUCUGUUGCUAUACAGAAAAAGGGGCUCUCCUACGGUUACUGAUUGUAAAUCGUACUACCGGAUACUAAAUUUUGUUCGUGACCGUUGUUUCGAAUGAGAUUUAGUACAUCGCUAAAAUGGUGAAUAAUAGGGGUCUCGAAGCGUUUACUAUUUAGUCGUAUCAGUUUUUUAAUGUACGUUUCGAGAUCCUUCGAGAGAUUUCGUAAUUUAUGUCCGUAUGAAAAUUUAUGUCCCGUAUAGAAUUUUAUUACUGUUAAUUUCGUAUGCCGUACUUGGGACACUUUUUUUAACUAAAAAUGUAGGUACUAA